AUGGAAGGUUUGGAAAUCACAGAGGAAGGAAAGAAGAAAUCUAAGUUUAAAGCCUUUAAGAGCUUUUUUGGCAAGAAGAAGAAGAAAGAACCAGAAGAAGUCUCAGAAGGAACAAUGCUAAAGCCAAGGUUUUCCAGCAGCAGUGUUAGUGUGUCUUCUCUGCAGCCAGUUCUAGAAAUGCAAGUGAUGGAGCCCAUGCACAAGAGUGGCAUGGGAGCCAAGUCCAUAUCUCAUGACAGUGUCUUCUGUUCAGAUCCUGAGCCUGAAAAAGGAAUAGACAAGAUACACUCUUCUCCAGAGCCCCAGAGAAGCAGAUCACUAAAGAUUCAAUCCCUGCGCUCACGGAGACUCAGCAUUAGCCCUCUUAUCAUCCGAUCUGAGAAAGUCUCUCAGGACUUGGAAAAUCUUUUUGCCAGUGACAGGACACCCAAUAUCUCCAGAAGGAGGUCUUCACACUGUUCAAUAUCAAGGAAGAGCUUCUCCGAAAGGUCCUCGGAUCCUGAGCUAUCCCAGUCUUCUGAAAGCAGCAGUCAGCAGCCCUCGGGUUUCAGCACCCCAGCCACCUCACAGGGUUGCUUGGAUUCGUCUGCUGCUAAAUCCAAGAUAGCUUUAAACCCCAGGAAGCAGAAGAAGAAAACAAAAACAACACCGCCACCUUUGUUUCAGGUGAAAGGAAAGCAGGAAGAACAACUCUAUUCAGUGCCAUCCAAGGAGAAGACUACAAGCAAGGUUAAACAAGUUGAGCAAAAGGAGCAGAGGCUGGACAGUCCAGGACUCUCAAGCCAGGAACAGAGCUACAAAACCGAGACUCAGGAGACAACAAUAGAUGAGACCCUAAGUAAUGACGCUGCCUUAAGCUACUCUAUUUUAGGACUCCAUCCAAGAAGACGUAGAAGAAGGGCCAAAAAUGAGUGGGGGAUCAUAGAAAGAGGCCUUCUAAAAUCCACUCAAGGGUACAGCAGCCUGAACGCUAAAGCUGAGUCCUCAGCUAAGCAAGAGAUAGCUGGUGGGGAGCACUGUUUCUUGCAGCAGUUCCAAGAGAAGAAAGGCACGGGGCAGCCCACAGCUACAGAAGCAGAAAUUACUAGUCUUCAGGAGAUGCCAUCAGAUAAGGGGGAUGUGGAAAUGGAAAAGUCUGACAUAGAUGUUGAAGCUGAAAGAGCUUUGCAAUCUACAUCUACAGAUGUGGCAGAGUCUGCGGUUAGUGGUCCACCAUCAUGCUAUGAAAUUGUCUCUUCUGAAGGCAAGAAGAAAAAGGAUAAAUCUGCUGUGUUACCAUGGAUAAGAAGAUCUCCAAGCCAAGAAGAGGCCCAGGGGCAUAUGCAUCCUUCUCAAGUCUGUGAAGAAGAGGAAGACGCAUCUAGUCCUGAUUUGCAAAGGUUUCAAUCCCAAAUGGAGUUAUCCUUGGAGAGCAUAACUUACCACAAAGAGAAGCAUCUCAGAAGUGGUCUCCGGUCCUUUUCUGCAAGUGUUUCAAGUGCUACUGCAGAAGAUGAUUCUUCUAUACAGAUAACACCUCUUCCUCUCAGAAGGUGGCCAAACACAGGAGAAAUCUCCUCAGAUUCAAAGAGUACCUCAGAGUAUGAGAGUAGUUCUGAAAUGCAACCGAGUCCUGCACAGUCUUUCCAGUCUACAUUGAAGCCUAAAUAUGCUGCUACUGGUACUGCUGCUGACGAUGAUGAUGACUAUGACGAUGAUAAUGACUACGACGACGGCGACGAUGAAAAAGAAGAUGAAGAUGAUGAAGAUGAAGAAGCCAAUGAAGAAGAAGAUGAUGAUGAUGUCUUCCUCAAAUCAGAAAAUGUAGAUGUAGAACUGAGCAAGAUGGAGCGGCAGCAGCCUCUCGGGUAUUCUUCACAAUCAUUAGGAAACCCCAGAGCUCCAGAAGCUCCCUCAGAGCUAGAGAGCUCUUCAGAAGAUGAGAGAAGUUGUGAGGAAAUGACAUCUGCCCACUCUUCCCAGUCCUUGGAGGAGUUUGAAGAAUGCUCAGAAUCACGAAGUUUCACCAGAGAUUCCAUCUCUGAAGAGCAGCCAGCUCCCAGGUGCCGUUCCCAGUCCUUGCAGGAGGAGUUGGAGGAAAAGGAACUCUCCACAGAGUCAAGUAGUUAUGUUGAGAAGUACCACAGUUCCGAGGAUCUGAGCAGUUCAGAGGAAGAGCAGGAAGAGAUGUCCCCAGUUUCAAAGAGUUCUCUAAAACAGUGGAGUGCUCCUGCCAAGUCAGUGCGUCCCAUACACACUUCUCCACCGAUUGUAAGUUCAACUACUCCACAACAACCUCCCAUCAUGGUGAACAUUUCUGUAGGACCAAGCAAUCCUGUAGAGCCACUGCUUCCCAGCUGUACUGCCAAGUCAUGGUUGAGCCCUCGGUCUGAACAUCAAGUGUUUGGAGAGCCAGAAGGCACUGCUUCUGACUGGGACAUUUUUAUGCAGCCACCCCAAACCAGGCCAAGACUUGAGGAAGAAGUUUCUGCAGUGCCAGAACUUAUUAUUUUUGAGGAGGGUAUUGAUGCACAGCCUUCAGGAUAUCCUCUCCAGUCUUCAGUGAGACCAAGCAUCAAGAAAGACAUAUCAUUGAGUGCAGAAAGUGCUGCAUUUGAGGGGAGCACUACCUUGGAGUCCUCACCUCCUGCCCCUCAUUCUCAGCCAAUAUUGAAACCCUUCAUUCAGCAACAGGUAUCUGCUUUUGAAAAGUUUUCUAUGGAUCCAAAGCUUCCGACACAGUUCCAGCCAUGGAUGCAGCCUGAAGGAAAGCAAUCAUUUUCUUCAUCUCCAGAGAACACAGGAUUUGAAGGGAGCACUUCUGUGGAGCAUAUGACUCUGACCCUUUCCCAGCCUAUGUCACAGCCUUAUCAAGAAGUGCCUUUAGAAUCUGAGACUGUUGCUGCUAAAAUGAUCUCCGUGGGCCAACUGCACACCAAAUAUACUGCUCAUCCCUUACCAAGUCAUCAAAGCCAACCAGUCUCAGAAAGCACCUCCGUAGAAGGUGCCAUUUUAGUGGAUCUACUGCCUCCUCAGCCUUCCGUGAAGCCCAAAUUCCAGCCACUGAUGACCCAAGAUCCACAAAUAUCUGUACCCCCAGUCAGUGUUCCUGCCGCAUGGGCCAUUCCUAUUUAUUCACCAGCUCCCAGCAUGCCUUCUCAGCCCUUGAUCGGAUCAAUCCUCACUGUAGAGCCAAAGCCUUCCAGGUACUCUCUGCAGUCAUGGCAGAGCACUCCGUUCGAACAAGUCUCAGUACCCCCAGACCAUGCUGCUGCUUCAUGGAGCAUCCCGAUUGAUCCACCAGCUCCCGGAAUACCUUCCCAGCCCCUUGACGGGAUCCUGAUCAAGCAACCAACCUCUACUGAGUUAGUGAAUGUUUCUGUGCCACAGAGCAGCUCUCGGGAGCUUCUACCUUCCAGACUCCCUAUCCAGCCAAGAGCAGAUCCAGAGCACUAUGUCCCAGAGGAGGGACUUACUACAUUGAGGAGGCCCAGAAGACAGCAUUCUCAGCCCUCAGUGAUCUCAGAAAUCAAGGAAGAAGUUUCCUCAGGUUCUCUGAGAGCUUCCAGAGAACAGAGCAUUUCUACGGAGGCAAUCCCUUCCAAAUAUGCUCCUCAACCAUGGUUGGGCCCUGAAUUUGAGAAAGCCUCAAGUUUAGAAAAUGUUGCCAAAGAGGAGAGUGUUUUGACGGAGGCCUGGCUUUCGGGACAUCCAUCUGAAAGCAUUAUCAAACAUAAAGUCGAGAAAACACCCUCAGGCUUUGAGAGUACCUCUGUGGAGGGAGGCAUGCCUCGGAGGCCAGUGCUCCCCACAUGUCCCACCCCAUUGUCAGUAAGAUCGAAAGUUCAGGAAACGUCCUGCCGUCCAGACAGUGCUACUGCUCAAGACAGCUCCAAGAAAUCACAGAAUAUCAGGUCAUCUUCCCAGUCCUUUGUGAAGUUCAUGGCACAGCAAGUAUUUUCAGACAGUGCUACCAGUGAAAUGGACACUUAUGCAAAGCCUUGUACUGCUCGGGGGGGCGAAACCCGUCCUUCCAGAUCCUUGUUGAAGCCUAAACUCGAUGAGCAUGGUAUCUUAUAUAACUGGGAUGAUGAACCCAAGAAAGACACCAAAUCAAAGAAUCUGCCCACGAAGCCACCUUUUCAGUCAUCCAGAAGGCCUGAAGAGCCUCAAGAAGUUUUGGCACUUUCUGAGGGUGUCCCUGGAAAGUGGAACACUUCUGUCAGGGAUGUCUCUCAGCCCUCCGGGAAGCCCAGAGUACAAGCAGAAGUCUCAGUUUCUGCCAGUUUUCCUGAUGAGCGGAAAAGGUCGGAAGGACAGCUGCCUUCCACACAGCCUUCUCAAGCCUUUGAUGUAGCUGAGUUGCAGCCACCGAUUUUAUCAGCAGACUCAGCAAAUGUUCCUGUGGAGAGGAGAAUUCCUGAGGGCCAUCAGCCUCCUGGUCAGCCUCCUCAGUCUUACUUGAUUACUGACUAUCAGCAGCAGGGUUAUGGAAGCUCUCCCAAUGCGGCAGCAGAAGGAGCCAUUCUUGAGAAGAAUAUUGGCUGCAGGCCCAUGCCGAAAGGCCCAGCUUCAACAAAAAAUGUGAACUAUGGACAAGGCUACAGGGACUUGACUAAAAGCACCUCAACUUCUGGUACCAAACCUGCCAAGUUAGCUUCUGCUCCUGCUCAGAAAGCAUUUCCUCAGUAUUGUGAUGUAAGUGGAAAUCCUUCACUCAUACCCACCAGCAAGGGUGAUGUCGAAAAUGUUUUUGGAGUGCGGCUGCGAAAAAUCUCUCAGAAGAUUGGAAUGGAGAAUCCAGAUCCAUGCGAGUCAUUUGCUCCAGGUUCACUGGUAGUAAGCAAAGAACAGGCAGACAAAGGAGCUCUCAACUCAGAAAGAGGCCCAGAGAAGUCCAGCACAACAUUUAACUUGGAGGAGAAGCAAGGGAACAGACCCAAAUAUGAAAGCACUUGGAAGAAGCCAGCAGUUUUCAGGCCUCCAGGUGAGAGUUUUGUUUGGAAGGCAGAUAUCUCUAUGGAUCCAACUUGGAUCGCCAUGGUGAAACAUCGGCAAAGAGGCGUUGGAUCCCACUUUCCUAAAAAAUCCAGGGCCAGGUCUGAAAUUAGGGCUGAGACCAAGGAACCUAGGUAUGAGGAAUCUGAAUCCGUAACUGAUGCCACAGGAAAGAUGACUUUUCUUUCCACUAACCCCAGACAUGAGAUGCCACAGUCAAGGCAGCUUAUAAAAUCAGUUGCAUUUGAUGAUCAGACGAUGUUUCACCCAUACACCAGGGAAAGAGAAACCAGACGAUCUUCAAGUCUUCCACCCAGAUUUAUACAACCUCAGGAACCGGAGUGGUUCUUAAUGGCCAAGAAGAAAUCCCAGGCCUGGAGCCAAAUGGCAGAUCUCAUGCAAUAAAUAGCUCCUGAAUGGGGCUUCAGCAUUUCAGUAAUAGUUGCCAGUAGCUAUGGUAAUACCAUAUAGUAUUUUUGCCAGGGCUAGUUUUUAUUAGGGAAAAUAACUUUAGA